UGGGGGGGGUGUUGCGAGUGUUUUGGUUAUUGAGGUAUCACGUUCCCCUCUAGGGUUUGGGUUAGGUUGAACUAUCAAACAUCUCAUAAUGAACACUUCUGACUCGAAAGCCAUAACUGUGAUCGGCAGUGGCCUGAUCGGUCGCUCCUGGGCCAUGGUGUUUGCCAGCGGAGGCUACACUGUGAGGAUCUAUGACAACCAACCAGGAAUGGCUGCUAAGGCCAUUGCGGAAAUCAGGAAGCAGCUGCAGGAGCUGGAGGAAGCUGGCAUGCUGAGAGGAACGCUGACCGCUGCACAGCAGCUGGCCCUGAUGAGCAGUCAUGAAAACCUGUCCCAGGUUCUGGAGGGAGCCUUCUUUGUCCAGGAGUGUGUGUUUGAGCAGCUUGAAGUCAAGCAGGCCAUCUUUCAGGACAUCGCGGGUCUUGUGGGAAAAGAUGUAAUCCUGAGCAGUUCCACCUCCUGUCUGGUGCCGAGCAGUGUCUUCUCUAAAGUAGCGGACAAGAGUCGCUGCAUCGUCUCUCAUCCGGUAAACCCACCCUACUACGUAAAGCUGGUGGAGCUGGUGCCUCACCCAGAGACGACAGAGACCGUUAUGAAUACCACGUAUGCUCUGAUGACCAAGGUUGGCCAGGUGCCCGUCCGGCUGAAGAAAGAGUUUGAUGGCUUUGCUCUCAACAGAGUCCAGGCUGCUAUCAUUGCAGAGUCGUGGAGGCUGGUCCAGGAUGGCGUUAUCUCAGUGAGGGACAUCGACCUGGUGAUGUCAGAGGGACUGGGAAUGCGUUACGCCUUUAUUGGUCCCAUGGAAACAAUGCACCUCAAUGCACCUGAAGGUUUGGAAGAUUAUAUGAAGCGAUACGGGGAGGGCAUUACAAGGGUCCUGAAUUCUUUUGGGCCUGUACCAGACUUUUUCAGCGAACAAGCCAAGAGUAUCACUAAGGAGAUGUGUGAGCUGAUUCCCGCUGACCAGCAGCAUCUGUCGGCCAGGAAGGAGAGACGGGACCAGCUCCUCAUGCGUCUGGCCAAACUCAAGGAUGACCACUGAGGUCACCAUGACGGCCACCAUGGAAACCCUUCUGACUGAGAACAGACAUCUUUGAACUUUCAAUAUUAAGUGAUUGAUAAGUUGCUUUCUUAACUGUUCUACCAGGGGGAAAAUCUUUUUAAAUUCUGGCCAUAAUUUGGGAGAGAUAGGAUUUAAGCUUUAAAAAGAGUUUAAACAUUAGAAAUUAUCAUUUUCUUAACAGAUUUUAACAUCCGUCCUCUCAGUGUGUCCUUUAAAGACAAUUAUUUUGUUAUAAUGGUUGAUUGCUACACAGAAAGAAUCACAUUAUGUUUUUGUUUUUUCCAGCUUAUAUGUUUAUUAGUUUGGGGAAAACAAUCACUGUUAACUGUGCUGUACAUCACUUCUGAUGUAAACAUAAUCAAUGAAAAAUGUGAAAUGAUGUUUUGAAUAAUAAAAUCAAUUAGAUUGUU